GCCCCCGCCGGUAGCCCCGCCUCCAGGCCGUGUUCUACCCGCAGCCUAGCCGGCUCGUCCCGGUUCGCAGGCCCCCGCACGGAGCCUCCCCAGCGCCCCUGAGCACCCGCGGGAGAAAGGACGGCUUCUCCCUGACACGCUCGGACGUGACUCCAGCCCGAGCCCCGGGCCCUGCCCCUCGCAGCCGUCGCGCAAAGCGGAGGUGGCGUCCCUGGUAAGCGGCGGUCUUUUCGUCCGGCGGUUCGGCGCCCCUGCGCGCGACUGGCUUUGGUGACGGGAGGGCCCCGGGCCGCAGGGAGGGCGGCAGACGGCGGGUUAGGCCCGCGCCGCCGAGGGGCCUGCUCAGGAAGGCCCGGCGGUGCCGCGCGCGGCCCCGGCUGUCGGUCUCAACGCGGGGAGGUGCGGCGGGGGCGCGUCUGCGGACGUUCUUAUCCUCUGGGUUCCCAGGUUCGAAAGCCUGCUAAGUAAGUAACCGUUGGGACUCAUCUCCCGAAGGGGAAGGCUCCGUGUGCGAGCCCCAUUUCUCCGGUCCGGCGCCCUGUGUCUGUCACGCACCUGGUGCCCGCGGUGUGUUCCGGUCUUCUAAGGACCCUUUCUGUUUUCUUGUGGAAAAGAUAGAGGCAGAAAAGAUGGUAGCCGAAUGUUUGACAAAUUUUUCUCAGGUAAGAAGAAAGUGUAUCCUUCAACAAAAUGGAUCCAGUGACCUUUGAUGAUGUGGCUGUGGACUUCACCCAGGAGGAGUGGACUUCGCUGGACCUCACGCAGAGAAACCUAUACAGAGAGGUGAUGCUGGAGAACUACAAGAACCUGACCACAGUGGGGUGUCAAUUGUUCAAACCCAGUCUGGUCUCUUGGUUAGAACAAGAAGAGCUGAGGACAGUGGGGAGAGGAGUCCUGGAAGAAUGGGAAGUGCAACUUGACACCAAAGACUCAGCAAUUCAGCAGUAUAAAUUACAAGAAAAAACAUCCAAUAGGAUAGACAUGGCAAGAAGCCACAAUGGAUGGGAACUCUAUGGCUAUGAGCAAUGCAAUAAAGACUUCAGUGAACAGUCAUGCCUUAAGACAGAGAGGAGAACUCAAAAUGGUGAGAACACUUAUAAGGAUAGUAAAUGUGGAGAAAACUUCCUUUCUCUGAAGAAGAAAACCUCUAUUGGAAAGAAACUUUCUGCUUUAAAUCAGUGGGGAAAAGUUGUGAGCCUGACUCCAAAUAUUGUAUACUGGGAAACUAGCACUCAAGAGAAAUACUUUGAAAGCACUGGUGGGGGGAAUGCCUUUGAUAAUGAGUUUUACUGUCAGAAGCAAAUGAGAACUCACCCUGGAGAAAAACUCUAUGAACAAGAGGAAUGUGGGAGAGCUUCUGUCCACUCCACAAGCCUUGCUUUGCAUGUACAAACUCACACUGCUAAAAAAUGUAAUGAAUGUAAGGAAUGCGGGAAGAUUUUCCGAUAUUCUGCAUACCUUAAAGUUCACAUGCGAAUCCAUACUGGAGAGAAACCCUAUGAAUGUAAGGAAUGUGGAAAAACCUUCACUGUUUCCUCAAGCCUAAUUAAACAUGUAAGAAUUCAUACUGGAGAGAAACCCUAUAAAUGUAAGGAGUGUGAGAAAGCCUUCACUUCUUCUUCUCAUCUUAGUACUCACAUAAUAAGUCACAGUGGAGAGAGGCCAUUUCAUUGUAAGCAAUGUGGAAAAUCCUUGAGGACCUAUUCAGGUCUUUAUAAACACAUUCGAAUUCAUGCUGGAAUAAAACCCUACAAAUGUAAACAAUGUGGGAAAGGCUUUAUAGAUUCUUCCUCCCUGAACAUUCAUGUGCGUACUCACACUGGAGAGAAACCCUACCAAUGUAAGGAAUGCGGGAAAGCCUUCACUGCUUCCUCAAGUCUAAUUGACCAUGUAAGAAUUCAUACUGGGGAGAAACCCUAUAAAUGUAAGGAAUGUGGAAAAGGCUUCAUUUUUCCUUCUCUUCUUAGUAACCACAUAAGUAGUCACACUGGAGAGAGGCCCUUUGGAUGUAAGGAAUGUGGAAAAGCAUUUAGAACUUCUUCGUGUCUUAAUAAUCAUGUACGAAUUCACACUGGAAUAAAACCCUACAAAUGUAAGGAAUGUGGAAAAGGCUUUAUGUAUUCUUUCCCCCUUAACAUUCACAUGCGAAACCACACUGAAGGAAAACCCUAUAAAUGCAACGAAUGUGGGAAAGCCUUCAACUGGCACUCAAACUUUACUAAACAUAAACUAGUUCACAGUGGAGAGAAACCGUAUGAAUGUACAGUGUGUGGAAAAUCCUUUACUGUUUCCUCAAGCCUAACACAACAUACAAGAAUUCACACUGGAGAGAAACCCUAUAAAUGCAAGCACUGUGGGAAAGCCUUCACUUUUUCCUCAAUCCUAAGUAAACAUGUAAGAAUUCAUACUGGAGAGAAACCGUAUAAAUGUGAGGAAUGUGGAAAAGCCUUCACUCAGGGCUCAGGCCUUUCAAGACAUGUAAAAACUCACAGAGAGUAACCCAGAUUGUACACGUGUGUGAAAGCCUUCAGUUAUACCAGUUCAUUUUAGAUACAUGAAAAUCUGACCCUGUAGGGAAACUGUAAAUGUUAAAGAGUGUGACAAAGCCUUCAAUUCUCCAAGUUCUUUUCAGUGUGAUGAAAAAACACCCUGCAGAGAAAUCCGGGCAAUGUAAGGAAUAUGGCAAAAACCUAAGUGAUACCCAUUCACUUUGAAGACCUGCAAGGACUGCACUGCAGAGAUGGUCUAUAAAUGUAGGAAAUGUGGGAAAUCCAUUAUUCUCACAGCCCAGAGUGUUAGGUCACAGGGAAGCCAAACUAUUCAGAAAUACGGGAAGCCCUUUACUAUUGCAUUAGUGAAAUAAAUUCCGUAAAUGUGGAGAAUUCUGUAGUACAGAAUUCUGUGGAUGUAAUAUGUGGCAAAACUGUACUUGUAGUUACCUUUACUGUUUGCUUGUCAUCUCACUGUGGAAGAAAACUUUAUGAAUGUAAGAAGUGUUGAAGAGCCAUCCUUGUUUUCUAUUUGUUCCUCAUCCUUAAACAUGGGGUGAUUCUUGGUUAGGAAAAACUGAAUUUAAGAAAUACAGGCAAUGAUACCAAAUAUAAAUCCUAGGAUUUGUUGAGACAGGCAUAGCAUUCUGGGUGGCCCUGUAGAUACAUUUAGAAUAUUUGUCAUUCUGUCCUGAACUUCCCGAGAUAUAAUGUGUCUUUUCCCAGAUAGCCAGGCCAGACCAGUCUAGUGGCUACACUUUGCAGGUUGUAACAUGGCCAAAAGUGGAUCAACAGGAUUCACACUUCAUCCUCUUCUAGCCACCUGUGUUCUCUUGUUGGAUUGAUGUGGGCAUACAUUUUGAAGACAUUGACCACUUCACUGUGUACAGCACUCACUGAAUUCAUUUACAGUGAGGUGUACCAAAGUGUGGGAUAUACAUCUCUAAAUUUUGUAAAAUUGCCUUGUACUUUUAACCUGAAGGCAUGCAUGAUGAGGGAGAGAAUAAUACAAAUGUUUUCUUUCACCCGUCAACCCAACAUCACAGCCUGGCAAAACAAUUAUAUUUGUCUGGGUCAAGUAACAUGUGUUUCUGGUUAUACAACUUGCUUCUGUAUUUAUCAUUCCAUCCAUUGCUGUAAAAACAGACUUGUGUGAAUACAGAUGUUCCUGAUAAUCUACUAUACUUGAUGAUCUACUGGCAGUUCCUGAGUGUGAACUCUAGGUGCAGACACAUCAGCACAACUUCAUUUCAGUUCCAUAUUCACAAAGUUCUGAUGCUCACGCAGCCUUGGAUUAUAUCAGGUAUGGCCAUCAGUCCUGAAGCUGUUUGAUGACAGUUUCUUGCUUAAUCAAAUUAAUGAUAAUCCAAAUCAAGUUAACAAUAAAUCGUGAUCAGGAAUUAUCUGUGCACCUUUGUGUUACAGACUUGUAUGUGUGGAGUAGGUCAUGUGGCUACCUUUGGGUAUGUAUAUUUUAGCCCAUUGGUUACCCUCUAAUUACUGGCAAUGAUGCCAGGGAUCAGAUCUGUCUCAACCUUUUGUGUGUGUUGGAGGGGUCAUAGAUUGGCCUUUGAUGAGAUCCUGAUUGUCUGAAAUAAGACCAAUGUGUCCUAGCAGAAUUAGUCCCCAGUUGCCCGAGUCUGAGACCUGGUAGCAUUUCAGGUCACUACUGUGGUAUGGCCUCAUUCUGCUCUUUGGAUUCCUAGUGAUAGUGUCAUCAGUAAGUACUGCACAAGAUAAAUUAAGUUUAUUUGGUCCUAGGUUUUGUUGUUCCGUGGCUGAAAAAGUGGUAUAUUUAUGUGAAAAUUCUCCAAAGGACAAGAUGAUAUGUGACAUUCAACACAGAAAUUGAGAACUUCUAAGUGGAAAGAACCCAUUGAUAAAAGAUUGUUAGAUUUUGCUUAUAUGAAAUGUCUAGAAAA